AUGGCAUGGUAUAUGCGAUCUUCUGAUAUGACACUGCACGCGUUUCGCUUUGGUCUGGCUGGGGCGGAGCUUCUUCCAUUCACGUCUCUGGGAUUUGUCAUUGUUUUCCACUUUUCCUCGUCUUUAGUGCAAGGGUACUUUAUUGGCUGUUGGAUAGAGCGGGUGUUUUGGCGCUGCAACUGUCUCGUCUUUUUUGCAAUUGUGGAU